GCCAUCCAAGAAGAAGGGGGUCUUUCCUGUAUUUUCGCUCCUGCAUAUCGAUGUUCGAGCGUCAUAAACACCGGCUAAUAAGGUCACCUUCUUCCCCGUGAGAACGCUGGAGACACCGGGAGAUACGUGUGCCGUGGACGCGCUGAAACAUCGCCACGCAGUAGUCCAUAUCCCAUGCAAAGGAAAGGUGUGUCCAGGGAGACCCGUCCAUGGAUGUAAAGGGGGCCAACAGAGGGCGCUCGGAGGGGAGGUUGAUGGAUGCUGACAGGAUUUGCUUCAGCUGUGACAAGAUAUUUGCAAAUCGGAAAUUCCUGGAAGAACAUGUGUGUCCGUCAGCAAAUUACAUCUGCUCCUGUGGAACAGAGUUCUCCAAUUACCCUGACAUGCUCUACCACAGCACCACACAUCAGACAGGCCAUCAAAUGCUCCACCACCAAACCAUCAAGAAGCGUAGGAUUGAAAAAAGCUUGGAGGUGGAGGAGAAACUGAAAAGACUGGAGUCUGGAGAUGUUAUCUGGAAGGUCCCGGAGUCGGGCAUCGUGUCCUCGUCAAAUGAGAAGGUUUUGUACAAAUCUGCUCAACAAAAUGUAAAAACGCACAACCUGGAUCUAUCAGUGUCUGAGAAUAUUUUACAUCCUGAAACCAGUGUGAAGGGUGGGGUUUUUGGCUUGGGCGCCCCGACAGUGGAUCUUUGGACGCUUUACCAGCCGGUGGUGGUGGUGCGUAAAGAAAGCAACUCUGUCCCGAUUAAGCCUUUUAGCUGCGGCAAGUGUGGAGAGACAUUUUUGACCAAAAACGCUCUCGUCUUCCACAGCAGCUCACAUUUUACGGAUAAAAUUUCAGGCUGCAUAGGGUGUGGGCUGUUGCUGUGCAGCAAGAAGCAGAUGCCCCGUUUCCAUGUUUGUAACUCACCAAGCCGGUCUUCCAAACUCAGACUCAUCACAGCAAGACCGCUGAGUCAGCAGAAUCCCCUCCUAGCCUCACCAGGGUUCCUGGGAAGCAAACAGCCCAGUCCUGCGACCAAAAAUAGCCCACCCGCUCAAAUCAAUUCUGUUCUGCUGCCUAAAAAACAGUAUCUUGGAGCGUACUCCAAAAAAGGCCAGGGCCCUCAGGUCAGUUCGUCCGCGCAGCUGAAGAGUCAGAAUCCCGCCAAGCCGUACGCCGAGUCUCCCUUGUCUAAAAAGACUCCGCUUUCACCCAACACACAGCAACAAGUUCCCACGAAGCAGUUGGGCAUGAACACUGCAGUGCAGUUCAAACCCUGGCAGCCAUCAUCAGGCGCGAACAGCUUCAACUGCAAGGUCUGUCACAGCCCGUUUGAGAGCGCUCACCUCCUGCAGAGGCACAAGUGUCCCAAAGCCAAGGAGUUCAUGGCUCGGCAGCUGCAGGCUGGCAAGAGGCCUUACAAGGUCAACGAGGCCAAGGCGUCCAGCCCGAACAUAUUCCCGACCAAGAAGGAUCAGAAAGCGGUCCCUCCCACCAACGGCAGCGUGACCAAAAGCCCGGUGGCGGUGGUCAACUUGGACGACGAGACAGACGUCAUUCCCAUUAAAGUGACCGUCGGUUCCGACGUUGAGGACGAUUGUUACAUCAUUGAAAGCGGCGAGGACAAACCAGCGGAGAUGAUUUACCAAGUGACCUCAUCUGUCCCCAUUAAAACUUGACAAAGUCUGCCUGUCAUGUCAGGGUGUCAGUUCUAAAAGGUUAUCGUUUAUCGUUUCAACUCACUUUUCUGGUUCUUUAUUUCAGUGGAAUAAGGGGCACCAUGGCUUUCGACAUACUGUAUGUACGUCAGUGUAGAGCAGAUAGUGAUGUAAAUCUUUCACUUUUUUUGUUCAAUAAAAGCAAUGACUGUACCGUUGAAUCCCUACGUUCGUGAAGACGAUGCAUCUGUUGGUCGUUCUACAGUACAGUAUCAGCUGCAAAGUGUAAAUAGGUUUUUCAGACAUGACACCAAUGUGCUGUGAGACCCCCUCCCCACAGUGCCCGUUUGUGUUGUAACCUUUUGCUAAAUAAAAAAAAAACACAUUUGUGCAUUAAACUAUAUUUUAAAACACUUUCGAGAUUUAAUUGGUAAAUAUUUUUUCCAAAUGAUCUGCGCAUCUGUGAUUUAUAAAGCAUUCAUUUCCUCUAAUCUCGGAUUUGAAAUUGUCGAUUCAUUUUUUCCCCCCUAAAUUGUGCAAAUUCAUCCGCGUCCUCCGGGAACGCCAGUCCUUUCUUCCUCGCCACGGUAGAGGGCAACAUUUGGAACUAUGAGCUGACGCUUAGCCAGUUGCGAGGUGAGGCGUUCAGGUGACGUUCGGUCACGAGUUCUGUUUGACGAAUGUGUUCAUGAAAGCAAUUUUAAAAAUGAUUUUGAUAUCGAGUGUUUUCGCAUCUUUACAUUGAAAUAUGACUUGUCCGCCCAGUGUGAUUCAUUUCUAUUAAAAAAUGACAUUCACACUAUUGUUUGCUUAUUCAUUUUCACGCAAUUGCUAUGGGACGAAAUGAAUGUUUCUCAAAAUGUCAAUCGACUUUAAGCCAUUUCUGGAUGUCUUGUUCUGCAAGCCGGGUAACGGCGCACAGGAGGAGCAGGUUGGUCCGAGCUGCCCGUGAAAGCACCAGGGCUAACGGCGGUCACUUCAUGGCUCCAUGUUCUGGUCCGGUGUUUACUCUUCAGCAAGAUUCCUGGUGGUGUAAAAACCAACUUGGGGUCCAGAGAAAAUGAAAGACCUUACUGACGCAGUGCUGGAUCCUGCCUCUGAUGCUGCUGUUUUGGAGACCCAGACCAGCAGGCUGGAAGGUGAGCUCCCAGCCAGAGGUGUGGAGCCUCUGUCAUCUUCUCCAGAACAAGACAGACAUGUGGCCUGGUCGAGUGCCGCCCAAUCGGAUAAAAAGAACGGGGCGAUUUCUUUAGGUGGUUUGGGUAUAAAUGACAACACGCCGACCGGGAGUGAGGUGGACCGAGGGCUGCCCAGAGAAGAGGUUUUCAAAGAACAAAUUCAAUGUCAAACUUGUGUCACGAUGUCUGAGGUUUCUGAAGAGAAACUACCGGAUAAAGAGACCAAUCACACGGAUCUGCCGCUCAAUCUGUCGUCUCAAGAACCUCAGCGACCUGAGCUUAACGGACCCGUUUCUGAAACGGACAGUGCAGAGACUUCAAACAGUGAGCUCGCAGAGGCAGACGGCGUCGAUGCUGAAGACGAGGCCAACUCGGAGCUCGCCUCCAUGAAAGGUGUGAAGUCUGUGCUGGACUGUGCCGAGUGUGGUCGCAGGUUCCAGUACGUUUCUCAGUUGGUUCUCCAUCAGCGCCUUCACACCGGAGAGCGGCCUUAUCGUUGUCCUGAAUGUGGUAAAACUUUUCACAAGAACUACAACUUAACCCUUCACAUGAAGACUCACGGGAAGAGUCACAUCUAUCAGCCGUGUCCGUACUGCAAGAUCAAGUUUUCCUAUUUUGAGUAUGGCGAACACAUGAAGACCCACAUUAAUGAUGUGAUCCCUCAAACGUUGGAGCCUAGCAGCCAGGAAGAAGCCACGCCUCCUCCGGUGACCCCAAAAAAGGCAGAGGAUAAAAUUUGUUCUUAUUGCGGAAAAGCCUUCAGAUUUCAGUCGGCCCUCAUCCGACACGUGCGUGUGCACACCGGGGAGAAGCCGUACAAGUGCGACAUUUGUGGCAAGGCCUUCGGUCAGCCGUAUUUCCUCCGAGUGCAUGAGCUGACGCACUGGUCUGUCAAGCGCUACAACUGCACCGGCUGUCAGAAAUCCUUUGCGCACUACAGCAAUGCUAAAAACCACUCGUGCGGACCUCCUGGGAAACGAAACAGCGCCUCCAGCCGAGCAGCGGUAACCCGAACGCUCACCUACACCUGCCACAUCUGCAAAAAUGUCUUCGGCAGCCUGCAGGUCUUCAACAGCCACAUGAGAAACCACGCAGGUGCCAAACUGUUCCGCUGUUUGUCGUGUGACAAACUCUUCCCUGUGGAGUCUGAAUACAUCACUCACCGAAUUUACUGUGGCCGGGGCAACCUGGGGUCUACAAUCAAAGAUGAGGAAAUCAUAUCCUACUUUCGGUUCUCUGUUCCAAGAAAAAGGCAUUCGUCCUCACAAAACCUAGGUUCUCGUGCUGUUGCGAAAAAGACAGAUUUAUCUCAAGCGCAGCCUGCCCAGAUCAAGCUCCAAAAAGGAGCUCUAAAGAAGUCAUUGGAGCCUCCAGUCACCCCUCACGUCUCCUACUUUGUGUCAAAGUUAAAUGGACUAGACAACGGGUCAGAUCCGAGGAAGUUCUCCUGUCAGAGGUGCGGCCGUCUGUUCAGAAAUAUGGGUCGUCUCCGGGCUCACAUGCUCAGCCACGCUGCCCGUGGUCAAAGCUUCUCGUGUGUCCACUGUGGGAAGACUUUUGAAAACUGGAGGAGAGUUUGGCUCCACCAGCGGCUGCACCGGCAGCAGCGCGGGCGCUUCAGGUGCUCACUGUGUGGUCACGGAUUCAGAUUUGCGGGGUCCUACAAAAAACACAUGAGCGGUCACCCGGGGUUCAAGUGGACGGCGUCCAGACCCAGAAAAGUCGUCCUGCCGUACGAAUGCGAGCAGUGCAGGAGCUGCUUCAAGACUCUGGACCUGCUCUUCUCACACCAGCCCUGCCUUUCUGCUGCCCCGCAUCUGGACCUGGACCUGUCCGUGGAGCACCAGUCUAACACCACCUCUCCCCCCAGCCACAACCCCCGACCCAGCUUGUCUUCUCAGCAGGAGGCUCCUUUCAAACCAGUUCAUGAAACCAAAAGUGCACUUGACAGAUCGCAAACUUUGAGAAAACGCAUUCCUCCAUCGCGGGGAGACUCCUCUCCGGUGGGUCAGUGUGCUGUCUGUGGCGGGGAAUAUGCCAUUUCAGAACUCUAUCAUCACUACUUGAAGCAUGCGCGAGGACAGGUGUGAAUGAAUCUGCACUCUAACCUGCUGGUGCUGGGCGGUUUGUUUGGUCUUACUGUUCACUGUGGGCACCCAAGGAGGCCUGGGACCCGCUUCCACCCUGCUUCACCCAGUCACAGCUCCAUGUGCUGGGAAAAAAAUGAUACUCAGCAGAAGACGGAACAAGUGACAAUUGCUUUGGUAAGAUAACUUGGAAUAAGACAGCUGUAACCCUGAGAGGGAGAUAUUUUCCUAUGGAUUCUCUGUUGGGGUAUUUGUACUGUCUUGCACUUCAAAGUUAAACUUUAAAAAGCUCCUAUUCUAUUCAUUAAUUACAGAAAAAAUCAAUAAAAAAUAGAAUAAAAUGAUCAGAAAUCACAGAGGUUAGUCUCGAGUUUCUUCCGCAGGGAACAUUUUUCAGUCACCAAUUCCAUGUUCACCUAAACUGUAUUCGACAGAGAUCUUAACAGAGGAUCUUAAAAUGAACUGCCACAUUUCGUUGCUUAUUUCAAGUGAAUUUCAAUAUUCCACGUGAAAUUUGACAAAUUAGAUUUGCACUUUAACACUGUGGGUCCAGCAGGACCUCAUCAUCUGAAACACGCAGAGGUCAACCAAACAUUUGGGAGAAGUUGGAGCUCUUUGCCUUAAACUCAGUUAUUGGUACAUUCUUAUUAUUAAUAACAAUAAAAAUCAUUUCCACUGAUAAGCCAUCAUUCAAAAUGCCCCUGAACAUGAUUAAACCAGCCUUGGGCCGACCAUGAUCCCAACAUAAAUGAAUGUCUGCGAUGGCCGCCCAGCACUGCCCCUGUGCUGCUAAGCCAACAAGUUAUAUCAAUGCUUCAGUAUGUUUUGCACUUUUUUUAUUUGCAUUCACCAAUAUGUGUGGGAUAUUACGUCGAGUGUUGGUCCAAGUGUUGACAAAUUGCUGACCGUUUCAUCAUGCUGAAGUGUGCCCCUCCUGGUGCUGAUUUGGACUGCAGUUGCUCAACUAUUGCAUCAGCUAAUGUUCAUUCUGUCUCCACUGAAACGAUGUUUGAGAGCUGUUCCAAAGAGAUACAUGAGAGCGAAUUAGAGAGUCCAAGUAUCUUAUCCUGUACGUGCCCUGUGAAAAUCCGGAGACUUGUUUUUGUACAUUUCGCCUCUGCCUUGUACAUGUUCUUGUACAGUUUGCUGCUUAGGUUAAAACAAUAAAUGCUUGUUUUGUAAUCCA